GUCUCAGGUCUACACAUUUCACACGUGAGUUCGACUAUAUUUUGUUGCCUUCCAUAAAUUCUGCAUCGAUUCAUAUUUUUCACGGAUUAAGCUAAAUGUCUCAUGUAAAUCCAGAAGAUCAAACUGAACACCAUCUCUAACAAAACCAAGACAUUUUACUUGUAACCAGCUUGUUGUAAAGUCCAAGCUAUGCUGGCAAAAGCAGACGAAGGGAAGCCACAGAAAGGGGGAGGAAAGAAGAGGAGACACCCCGCUGAAGAUGGAGAAGGAGGAGAGAGGAAGAGGAGGGGAGGUGAAGAAGGAGAAAAGGGCCAGGGAGACGGUGGCAAGAAGCGUCUGGACGCCCUGAGUGUGGGUUAUUUCCGCCGAGUUGGGGAAAGACUCAGUGAAGGCUUUGAAGAUAAUGAGGAGAGAGAGAUGUUUGUGGAGAAUGUCCUCACAGAAGUUAAAGGUAAAGCCGCCCUGGUGGCGAUGGACCGGACAGGAAGCAUCACUCUGCAGCGGCUGCUCCCGCUGUCCAGUCCUGACCAGGUGGGGGCGGUGCUGGCUGAACUGGGCGGAGAAUCGGGGUCAGAGUUUAAGACGGUUUCUUGUGACCGGUGCGGCGGCCAUGUAGUGGAGAGCGCAGUCAGACAGAUGUCCAGGAUGGAGUCCUCACAGAAGGAGUCGUCCGCUACCACAGAAGAAGAAGAGGAGAGUUGUGGAGUGUUGGAGGCCCAGGUGUUGUCUUUAAGUCAGGUGGUGAGAGACAACAGCGCAGAGUUCAUCAAACAUGUUCAUGGCUCACACGUGGUCCGCACACUUUUACAUGUGCUGGCAGGCUGUCUCGGACCACCCCGCACUGAGGCUCGUCCAGGUGCUAAAGAACGCAACGUUGCUCCUCAGCUGACAGACUUUGAGAUUCCCACGUCAUUUUGGUACGAGCUGAAAAGCCUUACAGAGACCUUGAUGGACAACAUCAACCUAAGUGUGACAGAUGCUGUUGCCAGCGCAGUGUUCCAGACCAUGUUGACUGCGUGUCACAGAAAACGGCCCAAACUCUGCAAACAGCUCCUCAAACUCAUCGUGGAGUACAUGACAAGUCGCAACGCUGCUCCAGGAGUUAGCCCGCUUCUGGUCUUUCUCAAGGACCAGGCCUCCAGUCGCCUCAUUGAGACAAUCAUACAGCUAUCCCACAAGUCCCUUCUCCGUGACCUCUACAAGAACCACCUCAAGGGUCAGCUGGUUGACUUAGCCCUCCAUCCCAUCGCCAACUUCCCCAUACAGAGGCUAACUGCAGCCGCGGCUAAAUACAAACUGUUCCUGAGGUUGUUUGAUGAGCUGAUCCAAGGUGUGGAGGCCAUCUUGGCCACAGGUCACAUGGGUGUGAUCGUCCAACUGGCAGAAAGCUGUGCAGAAAGUGAGAAAGAGAAACAGGAAGACUUGAUGCAGUGCCUCCUCCGUGCGUUCCACUGUGCUGAGCCCGGCUCUCGACACGUCAGCUGCCUCCCUCUCUUCAUGUCCCUGCUCACCUAUGAGGUGUAUUACCACUCUGACACAGCAGAGGGCAACACACAGCCGGAGGUCCCGCUGUCCUCCAUCUGUUACCACGGCUCUCGGCUGGUGCAGGCACUGGCCAGGUUCAAGGAGCGCUCACUCCUCCUCAGCAGCCUGCGCACUCUGACCCCUGCUGACCUCCUGACGCUGGCUUCUGACCCCUCAGGCAGCCACGUCCUCCAGGCCCUCAUCACCACAUCCAGCGACAAGGGAAGAGGCAAGAUCCUCAAGAGACUGGAGGGCCAGUAUGUUCAAAUGGCCUGCUCCAGGUUGGGUAGUCGGGUGCUAGAAGCCGUAUGGAACAGUGCUUCAGUCAGUCAGAGGCAAAGCAUCGCACAGGAACUAGUGCUGAGUGAAAGCCAGCUGAGGUCAGAUCAGUUUGCUCGCCAUGUGUGGGCCAAGUUUGCCCUCUCCCACUUCAUUCACAGAAAAACCCACUGGCAGGAAAUACAGACCGGCGAGUCCAAGAAGCGGAAGCUCUUCAGUGACAUUCUUGAGUAAAAAAACUACAUAUUUAAAUAAUCUGUUAGUGGUUUUUGUUAUGUAAUUGGAUAAAAAAAAAUAAAGAAAAAAAAUAUUCUCUA